CUGCUAGUGGUUUGGAACACAUUAAAGGCCAGCAGAGUGGCUUCAGGCUUGGCUGGGACCUGAGUGAUUCUCAGAGGGCCAACUUGCAGGAAUUCUGCUCAUAGCUGAAGUACAAUGACAUUGCCUGCUGCUGAAAGGGCUCAUCUGCUUAAUGCUUCUCCAACAUGUCUGCUGAAAAAGAUUUGCCGUCAGGAGCUUUAUCUCCUCACCCUUCCAGAACAACUUCUGAACAUUCCACACAGACCUUGCCAUCAAAGGGAGAGGAUAUUAACAUGAAGCUAAAAGAGGAGAGUCUGCAGGAUGAACCUCCAUUCACCAUAGAGCAAGAGUCUUUGGAGAAGGAAGAAUAUCCAGAGGAAGAAGAGUCUCUGGAGGAGGAAGAAUUUCCAGAGGAGGAAGAGUUUCUGGAGGAGGAAGAAUAUCCAGAAGAGGAAGAGUCUCUGGAGGAAGAUAUGUUUUUGGAGGGAGAAAAUUAUCUGAAAGGAAAAGAGGAUCUUUUUAAAGAAGAGGAUUUGAAGGAGAAAAUGCAUGUGGAAGAAAAAGAGUAUCCUUUUGAAAAGUAUCUGGAACAAAGUGAGUAUCUAUAAGGAAGAGAAUAUCUAGAGAAAGAAAUUUGUCUGGGAGACAGUAUCUGUACGAAGGAGAGCAUCGGAGAAUGGAUCAUCCUCAAUUCCUACUACCUUUUUGGAAGUUUAGUUGUUGUGCUGGAAAGGAGCUCAGCUGCCAGUACUUUUCAGGAAAGCAAGUCUAUUACCAUCCCGCAUAUCUUCACUACCCCUGUUCCUGCCUCUGAGCCUGCCAUGGAGUUUGCCCUGGAGUUGUCUUCCUGCUGCCUGAUGGUUCCUACGUCUUCCCUAAGACACCAGGCUAGUCAGACAGAAUGGACCUAUGAGGAUUCCAAAGGCUUCCCGAUGUUCCCGGCCAUGACACAGCAAUAUGAGGUGAAUGUUGAUUUUUUUAACAGCUCCUACGAGGCAGUGUUUAAUACAUUACUCAAAGAAAUAGCUGCUCGAAAAGAAUUGGAAGAGGAUUUGGAUAUUCCCCUGUCUAAAUUGCUGGAAAGUGAAAACAAAAGGAAGCUGGGGAUUCUAAUGACGGGUCGGAAGCCCACUUUCACAUUUCAUUUAUUGACUCAACCAAAAGUUGAGGAGGAGCCUAAGGAAGAAGUCAAGGAAGCAGAUGAAGUCAAAAAAGAUCAUCAUCCUUCUAUUCGCUCCUGCCCCCAUAAGAAAAUAGAACUGGAUAAAGAAUGGAUACAGAACAAGACAAAGGUACAUCGAGGUGAUGGAAAAUUAAUUCUCUACUCCAAUGAGAACAUCUUCCAAAUUCUCUUUCCUAAUGGGACAGGCCAGAUAUACUAUCCAUCCGGAAACCUGGCUCUGCUCAUCUGCGGCACAGGUGUUAAAAAGUUCACAUACAUCAUUCUGGAAGAUGAUGCAAAAAUGAGGGUUCGGGGCCUCAUCAACAACCCUGGCCAUGCCACCUUCUAUGAUGAAAAUGGAGAUAUCUGGUUGAGCCUCAGCAGCAGCCUGGGCCACCACCUCCCCAAAGGCGGGCACCAGAAGGUCUGGAACUGGUGGGAUCUGAGCAUCCAUGUCCAUGCGCCCCCUAUCAAGUGUAUCUCCUUGAAAAUCAACCAGUACAUCCAGGUACAAAUAAGGAGCCAAGAUCAGAUCACCUUCUGCUUCUUCCAUGAACAGAAGCGGGUUUGUUUAAACCUGGGCACUAAAUACAAGUUUAUAAACCCAGAGGUGCUGAGCAACAUGAAAAAGGGAGCAGUCCUGGAGAUAGAACCUGGCCUAACAGCUCGGAAGAUCCAGAUCCUUCUGGGAAAAAUGAGUAGGAUCCUGAAUUUCCUGACCAUCCCUGAUUUGGAAAAGUUCAUUGAGGCCACCACAAGGUUGCAAGUGAACAAGUGUCCGUGCCAGUAUGCCUCCAUUUCCACAUCUCAAGUCUGACUUUAGGGCAGUCAUCAAAUUGUCCCAGGCUUUAUUCAGCAUCCACUGAAUGCCUUGGGAACAGCGAAUCCCCAGGAGCUUCAUGGAAAGCCCCAACACCUGUUUAUGUCAUUGGAGAGUUGAUUUACAGUUUGGGACCUGUCACAGCUCCUCGUUUGGGGAGAAGUAACUUUUUCAGGGCUGACAAAAUCUGUGGCUGGGCACAGAGACAAUUCAGUGGUUAGCCCCAACCUGACAGCUUCAGAAGCACAUUGUUACUUCAAUAAGCAAUACAUGGCAACACCUCCUCCUA